UUUUUUUUUUUUUUCUUUGAGGGGGAGGGUGAUUGAACCAACGACUUCCUCAAAUACCGCCAAACUUAAACGCGAAAUCCACUCCACGUAAAUGUGAUCUACAAAGAUUAAAUAAAAGUGUGAGCCUAGUGCUUCGGCAACGCCGAGUUUUGAGGGGGUAAACACGGGGCACUAGCUGACUCUCGGCGGAGGGAUAUCAGCGCGGGCCGGGACUACGUGCGCGCGAGGCUGAAUGGAGGCAGCCUCUUCCUGGUGGAUAAACAGUGACAGCUACAGGGCAGCCACCGAGACCCAGCACGCAGGCUCCGGCGCUGCCCUGCCGAACAACACCAAAAUGGCUUCAGACAGCACACACAUCUCGCAGUUGACUUCUGAACUCUACUUCCUAAUAGCCCGAUUUCUAGAAGCUGGACCGUGUCAGAAAGCAGCCGAGACCCUGAUAAGGGAGGUGGAGGAGAAGGAGCUGCUGCCCAAAAGGCUGGACUGGGCAGGACAGGAACACCCCGGGACGUACGAAAAUUUGGUGAAGCUCUACAGACACAUCGCUGCAGAUCACCUGCUGCAGGUCUGCUGCAGGGUAUGUCCGGUGCUGGAGAAGGAGGUCCCAGCCAGCGUGCCGGGACUCACCAGCCUGCUGGGGGCCGGCCGGCAGUAUCUGCUCCGCACCAGCAAGAGCUGCAAACACGUCGUAUGGAAGGGUUCGGCGCUGGCGGCGCUGCACUGUGGAAGGCCACCGGAGCCCCCCGUUAUUUAUGGGAGCCCGCCUAACAUUGUGGAGACGAGCCACAGCCGAGGGCUGAACGGCGCCUACCGCCUGCGGCAGCUGGUGCCCACCGCCGUGUACCAGCACAUGAAGAUGCACAAGCGGAUCCUGGGACACCUGUCGUCGGUGUACUGCGUCACCUUCGACCGGACGGGGCGGCGCAUCUUCACCGGCUCUGAUGACUGCCUCGUGAAGAUCUGGGGGACGGAUGACGGCCGCCUGCUGGCGACCCUGCGCGGCCACGCGGCGGAGAUUUCCGACAUGGCCGUGAGCUACGAGAACACCAUGAUUGCCGCUGGCUCCUGUGACAAAACCAUCCGAGUGUGGUGCUUACAGACCUGCGCCCCCUUGGCGGUGCUGGAAGGACACGCGGCCUCCAUCACGUCACUGCAGUUUUCUCCUCUCUGCAGCGGCUCCAAACGCUACCUGUCCUCCACCGGCGCUGACGGCACCAUCUGCUUCUGGCAGUGGGAUGCUCGCUCGCUCAAAUUUGGCCAAAGGCCCAGCAAAUUCACGGAGCGCUCCAGACCCGGCGUCCAGAUGAUCUGCUCCUCCUUCAGUGCAGGGGGAAUGUUUCUGUCGACAGGAAGUACCGAUCACAUCAUUCGGGUUUACUAUUUUGGAUCAGGUCAACCAGAGAAGAUCUCUGAACUUGAGUCCCACACCGACAAGGUUGACAGCAUCCAGUUUUCACACUGCAGCGAUCGGUUUGUGAGCGGCAGCAGAGACGGAACGGCUCGGAUCUGGCAGCUGCAGCCUCAGGGCUGGAAGAGCGUCCUGCUGGACAUGCAGACCAAAUUACCCGGGAAGUACAACCCUCCUCCUCUGGAAGACAAAGUGACCAAGUUGAAGGUUACCAUGGUAGCGUGGGAUCGCAACGACAGCACGGUGAUCACAGCAGCCAACAAUCUGACGCUGAAGGUGUGGAACUCCACCACCGGGAACUUGGUCCACGUCCUGAUGGGUCAUGAGGAUGAGGUGUUUGUCCUGGAGCCACAUCCUUUUGAUCCCAGGAUCCUGUUCUCAGCCGGGCAUGAUGGGAAUUGCAUUGUGUGGGAUCUGGCCAGAGGAGUCAAAAUCCGCUCCUAUUUCAACAUGAUUGAGGGUCAGGGUCACGGAGCUCUGUUUGACUGCAAAUGUAGUCCAGACGGGCAGCACUUCGCCGCUACGGAUUCCCACGGUCACCUGCUCAUCUUUGGCUUCGGCUCGAGCAGCAAGUACGACAAGAUAGCAGACCAGAUGUUCUUCCACACCGACUACCGGCCGCUGAUCCGCGACGCCAACAACUACGUGCUGGAUGAGCAGACGCAGCAGGCCCCACACCUGAUGCCUCCUCCCUUCCUGGUGGAUGUGGACGGGAACCCCCACCCCCCCAGGUAUCAGCGCUUGGUGCCUGGCAGGGAAGGCUGCAGGGACGAGCAGCUGAUUCCUCAGAUGGGGGUCACUUCCUCCGGUCUGAACCAAGUGGUGAGCGAGCAGGCGGUGGACGGCCCCAGUCCUCUGGACACCAUGAUCCAGCGGCUGCAGCAGGAACAAGACCAGAGGCUGGGCACAAACGACGCCUCUGCAGCAGCUUCUGCAACCAACAGCCGGGCCAGCAGAGGAUCAGUGGGAUCGCCCACAGAGGUACACUCCCCGCCAAACGUGGGCCUCAGACGGAGCGGGCAGAUCGAGGGCGUUCGGCAGAUGCACAGCAACGCCCCUCGCAGCCAGAUGGCAACAGAAAGAGACCUGGUGGCCUGGAGCCGCAGGGUGCUGGUCCCCGAGCUGGACGACGCUUUGAUCAGGAGACAGGUGAACUGGCGCGAGGCUAAAGGGGAGGAGGAGAUCAAUGUUUAUCAGUCGGAACGGAGGAGACGCACGCUGCACUCACUCCCCAAGGAAAGCAGAGUUCAUCCGACGUCAGAGUGUGUGGUGGAUGAGGCCAGAAGGAGCCAGGGGAACCACGGCUACCAGACCCGAGCCGCUGCAGAGGAGACGAGCCGUCAGAGCGCCGAGGCUGUGGACGAUGACGACAGCGCCUCGGAGGUACAGACCACCACGGGAGAGGUGGAGGUACGGCAAAUCAACGGGCACUCCUCGGAGGAGGAGAAGGACGAGGAGGAGAAGGAGCCCUGGCCAGACGACCACAGCAGCUCAAGUGACUACUCCAGCGAUUACUCCGACUGGACGGCAGACGCAGGGAUCAACCUGGAGCCGCCCAAGAAGAGCGUAAAGGUGAAGAAGAAGAGCAGCGGCUCUGAGGAGGACGGAGAGAAGAAGAGGGAGGGGAAAAAGGAGAAAAAGAAGGACAAAACAGACAAAGAUAGCGCCAUACCAAAGAAGAAGCAGCCAAAGGAGAAGAGGAAGAGGACCGAGCUUCAGGAACAGGGGCUAACGCUGGAGGAAUGGCUUCCCUCCGCUUGGAUCACAGACACGGAGCCGCGGAGGUGUCCUUACAUCCCCCAGAUGGGAGACGAGGUGUACUAUUUCCGGCAGGGCCAUGAAGCCUACGUGGAAAUGGCAAAACAAAAAAAAAUUUAUAGCAUCAAUCCUAAGAAACAGCCCUGGCAUAAGAUGGAACUACGGGAGCAGGAGUUGAUGAAAAUUGUCGGCAUCAAAUAUGAGGUGGGUCUGCCAACGCUUUGCUGCCUGAAGCUGGCGUUUUUGGACCCCGACACCGGGAGGCUGACGGGAGGCUCCUUCUCUAUGAAGUACCACGACAUGCCCGACGUCAUCGACUUCCUGGUGUUGCGGCAGCAGUUUGACAACACCAAAAGGAGGCAGUGGAGCAUCGGUGACAGAUUUCGGUCAGUGAUCGAUGACGCCUGGUGGUUUGGGACCAUUGAGAGCCAGGAGCCGUACCAGACCCAGUAUCCGGACAGCUUGUUCCAGAGCUAUAAUGUCUGCUGGGACAAUGGAGACACGGAAAAGAUGAGUCCAUGGGACAUGGAGCCCAUCCCUGAUGAUGCCACAUUCCCAGACGAGCUGGGCACCAGCGUCCCGCUGACAGAAGAGGAGCAGAAGGACCUGCUGUACGUCCCUCUGGAGGGGGAGUGGGGCUGCCGGACGCGGGAAGAGGAGUGCGAACGCAUCAUCAAGGCCAUCGACCAGCUCUGCACUCUGGACGUGGCGGCGCCCUUCGCCUUUCCGGUGGACCUGCAAGCGUACCCGACCUACUGCACAGUGGUGGCCUACAUCACCGACCUCAGCACCAUCCGCAGUCGGCUGGUCAACCGCUUCUACAGACGCCUCUCCUCUCUGAUGUGGGAGGUGCGUUACAUCGAACACAACGCCCAGACGUUCAACGAGCCGGGAUCCUUCAUCGUCACCACCGCCAAGUUUGUCUCGGACCUCAUGCUGGCCUUCGUUAAGGACCAAAGCCUGACGAACCUCAUGCCUCUGUACAAAACGAUGAAGAAGGCCACCUUCUCAGACUCUGAAGACGAGGACGAUGAAGACGAGGAGGAUGACAGCAAUACUCCCGGAACGUCUACGAGAAAUCACAAGAGCCGUGGACCCCUGCAACGACAGCGGAGAACACGCCCGCCAUCAUACGACCCUCACGCGUGGAAGGGGCGGUGCAAAGAGCUGCUGGACCUCAUUUUUCAGUGUGAAGACUCCGAGCCUUUCAGAGAACCGGUGGAUCUGCAGGAGUACCCGGACUACCUGCAAAUCGUUGACUCCCCCAUGGACUUCGGCACAGUUCUCAGCAAUCUGACAGAAGGGAGGUACAAGUCUCCCAUCGAGCUCUGCAAAGACGUUCGGCUCAUUUUUAGUAAUUCCAAAGCUUACACUCCCAGCAAGAAGUCCCGGAUUUACAGCAUGAGUCUGCGGCUUUCUGCGCUGUUUGAGGAGCACGUCAGCUCCAUCCUGGACGACUAUAAAGCCAUCCACGGAUUGACCAAUAGACUGACCCGACAGGGCUCGGACAAACAGAGGCGACACGCUGCGGACAAGCAAACGCGGCAUGCGAUGAAGAGGAGGAGGAGGCGGAGCGACUCCCCGACGAGCAGCAAUGCAUCCAGUCCGGAGAGGAAAAGACGCGUGUCGUCCCGCGUGAACGGAAAGAGAGAGCCAACGCCGCCUCCGCCACGGCCGCCGUUCCUGCGGCAGGGCGUCGCUCCCAAACCGCCGCCCCAGCUGGUCAACGGAAAGGCAGAGGCGGGAACUCCGGGGCGGACCCGGAGUGCCGCUCGGCAUUUGUCGCACUCUUUGCCUUCGUCAGAUAACGCCCCUCACCUCAGCACCUCAAACCCAACAGAGUCUCCCCGUUUGCUGCGGGCUCACAACUCCUCCUCCGCUUCGGCGCCAGCCGCUCCUGAGAAGGUGGCGCCCUCCCCCCCUGCUGAGAGCGGCAGUGGCAGCACCCGUCGGAAACUCAGGACGCCGGUGCGACACACGCCGACUUCUCCCGGCAGUCCCCCGUCUCAAAGCAAGGUCCAUCUGAACGGCCACAGCAGCCACGUCACUCUGGGUGUGGGCAGAAGGGGGCGCAAGUCCAGAACGGAGUCGCCGGUGAGCCCCCCAGAAAUCCCGGCCCCGGCGAGCCCUUCGAGACCCCGCGGUCGCCCCCCAGGCAAGAAGCGAGGACGGAAGAGCAAGCAAGAGCUGGAGGAGAUGACAAAGAGCGGCAAUCGAAGGAGCUCGACUCCCGAUGAGGAGCUCGACCCCUCCACAGGCGACGAAGGAGGGACGUCACCCACGCAGGACACGCCGGGGCUGUCGGAGAGCGGCGUGGCGUCGACGCAGAGACGCCGAGGUCGGCCACGAGUCUUCAGAACUGAGGAACCGGCUCCCCCUGCCGAAUCACCCGAGCCGUCGCCACUGAGGAGGAGCAGCAGGAGAGCCAACGAGGAGAUCACGCCUCCUCAAAGCUCUAAUCAGAGGGAGCCUCCAAAGGAGGAGGCGGGAGAGACGGCAGCAGGGUCCAUGCGCACGCGCAACCAGGGACGCCGGUCCGCGUGGUACAUGGAGGAGGACUCCGAGGAGGAGCAGAGGCAGCUGCUGUUCGAGGACUCUUCCAUUACCUUUGGCACCUCCUCAAAGGGGCGUGUCCGCAAACUGACAGAGAAGGCCAAGGCCAACCUUAUAGGCUGGUAGCGAACGCCUGGCGAGGAGCGGAAGAAGCUGCCAAAAGAGACCCGCAGCUCCCGGCCCGGCCCGUGUCGCUGACCCCGCCCCCUUACCCAGCAAGCACACCCAUCGAGGCGUGCUCCUGCGCUCUGAGUCCUCCCGCGUUAUUGAUCCAUGUUGGAUCCUGCAGGAACGCGGAGCACGUCGGCGAGGGUGCGGCUCCCUCCUGUUCCGGCGGAGAUGGACCGGCCGUCCACCAGAGCUCCGCCUUCGUCGGUCCCGCUUCUUUCAUUUUAUACAAAACACACAGCUUUUUCUAAGAUUUGUACUUUUCCUGGAAGUCUUACCCAUCGGCUGCCCUGAGCGUGUCUGUCCGUCUGCGCUAAGAUACCAAAUGGUGUACGCUUGUCGGUACUGAAGACCUUGUUUACGUGUUCGUGAGCGAUUUGCAUGAAUAAUAGGCGAGAAGAAGCAUCUGUUUUUGUCGUUUUUUUUAUGUCCUUGCCUGACGGAGGAACCGAGAGGAUGCAUGGGUGGAAGGACGUCUCCACAGAUCAGUGCGUCCACAACAUUAGCAAUACCUUGUGCCUUUAUGUUAAUACGUGUGCGUGAACGGCGCCCUGCGGCGUGACGCCUGCUGGGAUGCGACGGAGGGGUGUGUCCAUAAGUGUGCGUGUUAUAAGCGCAUCCACCUUCUGAGAGUGUAUUUAUAGCAGCUGUAAAGGAGUUUGUGGUAAAUUAUUCCCAACCCCAAGAUACAGUCCAUCCGCCGGCAGCGAUCGGGGACGCACUUCCCAUCCAACACACACCUGUUUUAAGGGAGAAACGAUGUUUUAAAGAGAAAACAAAAUAAAAAAAAAUAGAGGUUUUCAAUAGUGGCUAUGUUUGUACAGUACGCACACCUGACUUGCAUGCUCUCGCACUUUCUAAGGUCUGAAGGAAACGUUGAACUGAAAGGAAAUGGGAGUCUUAUACACACCUUCCUGAUUGUGUGCCUUCACGUCUUUUUUCCCUCCUUUUUAGUUGGUUUGGUUUCAGAGAAUUGGACUUUUAAGGACCCCCCCCUCUUGAUUUUAGAGCCAGUAAAUGUUGCUGGAGAGAACUGGAUGGCAGCAUCUCAUCGUUGGAUCACCGUUGGCGUCGUGACGGAUCCGUCAAGGCCAAACUCUGUCUGUAGGCACUGAAGUUCUAGUACGUGGCUUUUGAAUGUAUAUUUUCCUUGAAAGGUUUUCCAUAGUGAUGUGUUCUCCAUGACGUCUUUCCUGUCCCGGUUUUUUGUGGAUUUGUGUUUUAUACCCAGCCGCACAUAUUCACCAAACUUGGUUUUAUUAAAUGUAUGUAAAGAGUUUUUAAUCCAAAAAUGGCCUAAAAUACAGACUUGUUCCUUUGAGAGUGAAAUUACAUUUUAUUACUUUGGGAGUCUCUGCUCUCCAGAAAAUAUAUUCUACGGCUAAUGUGUUGGUUUUUUUUUUGAGUGUUCCCUCCCGGUCUUCAUUGUUUUACUAAAUGAUAUUUGUGCAGAACUUUUGCACAGCAAGCCCACUGCUAACAUGUUGACUUUGAUUGGAGGAAUUAUUUGCACCUUUUUUUUUUUUAGAAACUGGUGUGUUGUUUCCCUUCUUGACCCGUCCACAUCUUCACCAAACAGCCUCGGUUCCACCAGGUCGCCGUGGACGUGACGGUGGAACCGUGCGGUCCACGGGGGAGCAUCUUUUUAUAUUUUUAUCUAAAAAGAUGAGGGGAAUGUUGAGAUAAGAGACAGUAGGGUAGUGACUGAUGAGGCUGUCCUUGUUAGAUUGGAUACUUUUUUUUUUUAUAUCAAUGAAUUAAAAAAAAAGAAUCCUAAAACUAGAAUGUAUGUGUAGGGGAGUACUGCUGUCCUGUUAGUUCAUACCGAUAUUUUAAGUAAAUAAACAGUUGUGUUUCCAUAUCUACUUUAA